AUGAAUUGCGCUACUAAGUUUCUUGUGAUGAUCUUGUUCAUUGGAGUUGCUUGUGCUGACGUAGACGCAAGGAAGCUCGCAAAAGUGUCCAAAGAAUUGAUGGAUCAGAAACCCUUUUUGCUUCAGCCGAUGCCAUUGACGGUACCUGAAUCAGGUGAAAUAGUCUCUGCAGCAAAAGGAGUUGAGAAUGAAGUAGUUACAGUGUCCAAAGGCACAAAAUUAGAAAUAUCUAUUCCCAAAAAUGUCGCUACCAACGGCAUUGGAUCUGAGCUGGUCCUUACUGUUAGAAGUAGCGCCACCAGAGUGAUAUCUGCCAAUGAUAAUGCUGCUGAGGGUCCUGGCGGUCCCCGUUCUGGUGCAACUGGAAGAACCACUGUAAGUACCUAUGGGAUUGUUGUUGCCGAUGGUCCUAACCCAAGCGCUUAUUCUACCAGUAUCGCUGGCCGUCAAGCUGAUGCCGAUGCUGAAGCGGGUCCCGGUAGUGCUACAGGCAGUGGAUCCAGUUCCGGAUAUGCCUACACAAUUUCGGGUGGCAGCAUUGGCAACGGUAGAUCUUGA